AUGCAAGUGGAAUCUCCAAUAAUCAAGAAUCGUGUGAGUUUUGCAGAUCCUUUGGUUACGGUACCUGACACGGAAGAGUAUUCGUUGGCACUCAAGUAUUUUGACAAGGCGUUGCAGCGGGUAGGUCCCUUUGAUGCUGAAGGGUUUGCGUUGCCGGGCAAUAACUUAAUGGUGCCGUAUUACUCGCCCACUUUAGAAGGUGGGGUGUUUGCCUUGGACACUUGGUUUGGGAGGUGGUAUAUGAAUUCUUUGUUCUCCAAGUUGGAUGCUGUUGUCCAGAGGGUCAAGUCGGAUAGGGCCACUGCGACGCUUGUGGUGCCGUAUCAUCCGGAGGCUGCUUGGUUUAAGCAGAUGGUACCUUUGUUGGCGGAUACGCCGAUUGUUAUCCCACCUGCGCAUGGGGUGUUCUUGAAGCAUGGGCGUGAGCCCAUGUCGCCGCCGCCGUUUGUGACGUUGAUUUGUCAUCUUAGUCCUCGUUGUGAGAAGUUCACUCUGGCUGAGAGGUUUUGGGCGACGGUGGAUGCGCAUCGGCCGGUGACCAGUGCUUUGGUUGGAGCGUUGACGACGCGACCGGAUGAUUUGGAGUCCUGUAUGGUGCAGGAUCGGCUGGCUCCGGCAGUGGCUGGUGUGGUUGAGAAGCCUGUUCGUUGUGGACGUGGUCCCACGCUGGGGGGUUUUGCCUUAAAACCAAUUGAGCAUGUGGUUGGGUCGUGUACAUUCAUGGCAACCACCGUCAUGUCUGGGGAGUUGGUAUUGGAGGAGUCCGUGAGUCGAGCUGAGCGCGAGUAUGAGGCGCAUCAGGCGCGGACGGUGGCCGUCAUGACUCGGGCGCAGCGGUUGAGGGCCUCUGCAGCUGAGGCGGAUGUGGCUGCCAGUGAGGAGCCACUGGUUGAGGAGCCGGCGUUGUUGUUGUCCAGGGCUCGGGAGCAGUUGGCAGCGCCUGAGGCCUGGCUUGCCAGUCUUUGGGCCACGCACAGAGAAGGAGUUUCUAGAAGAUGUACGGUGUGGAUUGUAUGGUAUUGA